AUGGAGAGGGAGUUGAAGGCGCUGAACCAAGAUUUUCUGUCUGUGGACGAGAUAGUGGAGAGGCUGAUGAGGGUGGUGGGUCAGUCGCGCUCUCUCACCUCUUCUUCCUCUCCCUCUCUUGAUCCUCUCCCUUUUCUUCCCUGCUAUCCUCUCAGGAUUUUCUCUGCUGGGAAAGCAGGCAAGGGUGCAGAUGACACAGCAGCAGCAAGAGAAGGGGCAGGGGAAAGAGCAGAGGAGGGAGUUAAGAGAGAGAGGACAGGGGCCGAGGGAGAAGGGGCAGCGGGAGGAAGGGGAGAUGGGGAAAAAGAGGUUGGAGCAAAUGCCGCACAGAAACACGUGGCGCAUACGAGUUCAGCAGGUUCCAUGGAAGGGAGAGCGGCAGGGGCGGGCGGGGCCAAAGGGAAGGCAGCAGGGGCGGGGACGAGUGAAAGAUUGGCAUUGGUGCGCGUGGAGUGGGAGAGGCUGGUGCGGGUAAGGGAGGAGAUCAGAGCGCUGGAGAGACGGCUGAAGAUGAAAACAGCUGUGCAGGAGGAGAGGGUGCGGCGACAACAGGAGGAGGUGGGGGAGAAGGUGAGCCGGCAGAGGAGGCAGGCGGCAGCACGUGAGAUGGAGCAGCAGAUGGAGCAGCAGCAGCAACAUAGGCACCCGAGGAGCCAUAGCAUGGGUUUCCUGGGCACACUCGGGGACCUCUUCUCCUUCUCUCCCUCCCUCACUCCUUCAAACGCCAAUGCCAACGCCAGCACCGCCACCAGCACCACCACCACCACUGACACCACCGCCACUAUCGCCUCUAUAGUUGGUGCUUACGACUACCCUCCCGCUCCCCACUACUCCUCCCUCCACAAGAGCCAAUCGUCUCAUGACACGUCAGCGCUCGCUGACUCGCCCUUCCCCUCCUACCUCACCUCUGCUUUCCUUUCCACUAGCACUGCUGCUCCCGUCACCACUGAUACUGCCCCUGCCGCCCCUGCCGCCCGCUCUGGCCGCAGUUUUUUCUUCCAGCUGCCCGGGCAGGCUGCCCGGGAAGACUCAUCGCUUCUUUCCAAAACCGAGGGAGAGGAGGCGGAUGGGGAGGAAGAGAGGGAGGACAGUAGCAGAAGCAGGGGAGGGAGCACAGAGGUGCGAGGUGUAGCAGGGAGAAGGGGGAGGUUGGAAGAGAUGGAGAGGGAUAUAAGUGGGUCUGGUGUGCAGGGAACGCGGGUGGAGUAUGAUGACGAUGAUUUCUCUCCCUUCCAAUCGUUCACGCCCACGUCAGCACAAGCAGCGGCUGUUACUGCUAGCGGUGGUGCUGCUGCUGCUAGCAGCAGCGAGCCAGGCAAAAGAGAUGGAACUGCUGGGCCUGGGAGGGCUGCAGCGACCCAGGUGCAGGUGCAGGCGCAGGGGCAGGCGCAGAUGCAAAGAGAGGCACCGGCGCCAGCACAGUUGCAACGGGGGGGGAUAGGGGAUGGAGGGGAUGGAGAAAAGGGAGGGCAGGGAGGUCGGGGAGAGGAGGAGAGGAGUGAAGCACAGGAUGCCAACAGCUCUUGGGCAUUCAGAGAAGAGUUCUUUGACGAGAGAGCAUGGGCAGGUGCAGCAGAGGCAGAUGUAGCGGCUGGGUAUGGGGAUGGGGAUGGGAGGCAUGCGGCAGCGAGCAUGGGAGGGCUGGGAGCAGAGGCGAGUAGGCUGCAGCAGCUGAAGGUGCAGUUAAGGGAGCUCGAGGCGAGACUGCUGCAGCGAGGUGCUGACGUUGGUGCUGUUGCUGGUGCUGGUAGGGAGGGAAAGAUGGCUGCUGCUGCUGGUGGUGCUGCUUCUGGUGUUGCUGCUGCUGGCACGUCAGCAGCAGCAUCUACAUCUCUUGAGCGGGAGGCGGCCACCCAAACGUCCCCUCCCAAGGCACCCUCCAUCUUCGACCGACUCUUUGACUCCUCCUCUUGGAACCUCCCCUCCUCUGCCUCCUCCUCCGCUGCUGCUGCUGCUGCUGCUGCUGGGGGUGGUUCUGCUGCUGCUGCUGUUGGUGGUGUUUCUCCUGCUGGUGCUGCUGCUGGUGGUGGUGCUGCGGCUGCUGCCGCUCCUGGUGACUCGUGGAGUGUGGGAGGGGGGAGGGGAGGGCCGGAUGGCAGCAGCAGCGGGGGCCUGGAUGAGUGGGAGGGGAGCGAUGUGACGAGCCGGGCGGGCGAGGGAGAGAGGCAGGAGAAGAGCGUCAUUGAUCAGUCCCUGGAGCACAUUCGAGAAGGCGGAGCGGAUGCAUGGCGAGGGACUCAGCUCCUCAGCACAGACGUGGCAGUCGCAAUGAAGAUGCUGCAGCGGGCAGCACUCGGGCAGCCCCUGACUGACCGGGAAGCGAAAGUUUUGAAGCGCACACUCACUGACAUGGCGUCAGUUAUUCCCAUCGGCAUCCUCAUGCUCAUCCCGAUGACACCUGUGGGGCACGCGGCAGUGCUGGCAGCCAUUCAGAGAUACGCCCCGCACCUUGUAAGCCCCUUGCGUCACUUCUCCCCCUUCCUCUCCCUGUCACCCACACAUUUGGAGUCCCAUCCCCCAAGAUCCUCGUCACUCUCCUUCCUUUCGUCUCUCCCUUUUCCUCUCUUCCCCCUCGCCCUCCUUCUCGCCCCCCAUCAGUUCCCCAGCUCAUACAACGAGGAUCGCCUCGAUGCAGCGCGCCGCCUGGAGCAGGUAACGCCUGGAGCAGGUAACGCCUGGAGCAGAGCCUCCUCUGCAUCAAGAUGCUUCUUUCUGAAGCCCCAUACUGCUUGCUUUCUCUCCAUCCCCACCCCCCCUGCGCUGCCUCAUCCCAAUCCAGGCAGUGCUGCUGCUGGCAGAUCACCCCAUGCAAUCCCUCAUUUGUCUGCCUCAGCUGCUGCUGCAAUUUUGGCGCGAGAAGCGCAGCCGGAAGCCAUAGUUCGGGUGCCGAAGCAGCCUGAGGUUGAGUCGCCUCCAGGCACACCACCGAACGAGAUGGAGCUGAAUGAAGGGGAGGAGGGGCAGGCUAUGAAGGUAAUCAAGAGGAGUGCUGCAGAUGAGGCAGAGUGUCUAUCACGACAGCUUGAUUAG